GGGACACGGAAGUGACCCGUCGCUCCGCCCUCUCCCACUCUCUCUUUCCGGUGUGGAGUCUGGAGACGACGUGCAGAAAUGGCACCUCGAAAGGGGAAGGAAAAGAAGGAAGAACAGGUCAUCAGCCUCGGACCUCAGGUGGCUGAAGGAGAGAAUGUAUUUGGUGUCUGCCAUAUCUUUGCAUCCUUCAAUGACACUUUUGUCCAUGUCACUGAUCUUUCUGGCAAAGAAACCAUCUGCCGUGUGACUGGUGGGAUGAAGGUGAAGGCAGACCGAGAUGAAUCCUCGCCAUAUGCUGCUAUGUUGGCUGCCCAGGAUGUGGCCCAGAGGUGCAAGGAGCUGGGUAUCACGGCCCUACACAUCAAACUCAGGGCCACGGGAGGAAAUAGGACCAAGACCCCUGGACCUGGGGCCCAGUCGGCCCUGAGAGCCCUUGCCCGCUCGGGUAUGAAGAUCGGGCGGAUUGGUAAGUGCCCCCCUCUAGCUCAUGCUUGGGUUUAUUUUGAAGCAGUGGCCCCAAAAAGCACGUGCUGUGCCCAGUGGAUACGCAGUGGCUGGUCUGGUUGCUUUUGGCAGUUAAGUUUGUUAAGGGAGGCUGCAAGAGGCACCUUGUGACUUAAAAAUCUCUCCCUGAAUAUCUCUGUCACCUUGAUGUGAAUGUCCUGUUUUCACUUGUGAAUCUCUGUCCUACACUGCCUGGUGCAGGUAAAACUGACAAGAGAUGAAUUGUCCUUUCCUCCAUUCUUGAGGUCAUUGCUAUUAGCAUUUUGUGUGUACCAUCUCCUGCAUUGUAGGAUGUUCAGCAUUUUUGGUUUCUGCCUACUAAAUAUCAUAGGGCAUGCCAGUCGUGUGACAACCAAAAAUGAAGUGGGGGGUACCAGCUUCUGUUAUUAAUACCCUCAGGCCUGUGAUCUCCUGGCUACUUACAGCUCUUAGGAAGGGGACACUAGUCUUUCCCUGCACAUUGUUCCUGUGCAGUUAGUAGCCACAUACACUGACGCCCCAGGCCAAAGUUCCUACUGUGUCCUACUUGAAGGAUGAUUUUGUUUUCUUGAGACAGGGUCUGGCUCUGUUGCGUGGGCUGGAAUUCAGUGGCACAAUCUCAGCUCACUGUAAAUUUUGACUCGUGGGCGAGUCAAGGGAUCCUCCCACCUGCAUCUACCGAGUAGCUGGGACUACAGUGUGUGCCACCACACCGGGCUUUUUUUUUUUUUUUUUUGUAGAGUGGGGGGUUUCACCAUGUUGCCCAGGUUGGUCCCAAACUCCUGGCCUCAGGCGUUCCACCGGCUUCAGUCUCCCAAAGCCCAAAGUGCUAGGAUUAUAGGCAUGAGCCACCAUGCCCAGCCUUAAAAGAUCUUUUUCAGACUUUUUUCAGUGUCUUUUUACUUAAUGAAAAGGAGACAGUUGCAGUUACCCUGUCUAGAAGGGUUUUUCCUCUAGAGAAGACGGUGGGCUAGAUGUCAGAACCUGGAUUUGUCCUGUGCCUCUGACAUCUUGCGCACCGCUCAGCCUGUUUCCCUUUCUGGAAACUGAGUUGAGACCACGUCAGGAAAUUCGAGGAACUGGCAGAUGGGGCUGCUUCAUGUUCACAUCCAUCUGUUAUGUACUGGGGAGUCGUUUGGGGAGCAGCAGGAUCUGUUGCUGAUUGGUUAGGCCAUUGGUCUAGGGAGUCCUGGGGGCCCUUCCCAUCCAGUUCCAGGCAAUGAUGCUUUCUCUUCCUCCCCACAGAGGAUGUCACCCCCAUCCCCUCUGACAGCACUCGCAGGAAAGGGGGUCGCCGUGGUCGCCGUCUGUGAACAAGAUUCCUCAAAAUACUUUCUGUUAAUAAAUUGCCUUCAUGUAAA